UGCACAUCCGUGCCCGACCUUUCCGCUCGCCAAGCCGCCUCGCGCCGCCCCAGCAGCAGAAAAACAAAGGCCAACGCGAAGCGGGUCAGCAACCACUGCCAAUCAAUCGGUCGAGCGCCAGGGGAGAGAAGAGAACAGAGCAAGGAGCCAUGGCCGGCAGAUCCCCCAAGGAGGAAUCGAGCGCCGCCGUCCGAGAGGCCGUCCUGUUGGGAGGGAAGAACGCUGCAAUUGCUGGUACCAUAGUUGCGGUUCCCACGUUGGUUGCUUGCCGUGUCCUUCCUUGGGCUAAGCACAAUCUUAACUACACUGCGCAAGCGCUCAUCAUAUCGGCAGCCUGUAUCGCUGGCUUCUUCAUCACUGCCGAUAAAACCAUUCUACGAAACGCAAGACAAAACACUAUCGGGAGGAUCGACAAGUCGACUUGAUCCAGGACUGUACAGAGCCAAGGGUGAUGGGAAUGGUGAAAACUCCCGUCUGCUCAAUCCAUGGAGUACACAACAAAUUGUUGAUUUUCAGUUUCAAGCUUAUUUUGUACCUAACCUUGCGUUGUAAAGACUAAGGAAAGUUGUUUCAUGUUAGGGCAGUGGAUCCCAUUUGCGCCCAGUUGAAAAUGGAAUAAAAGAUGGUAUGUUCCUAUUG